UCACUACGCCUCUGGUUAACACUACUACUAGACUUACUAAAAACAAAUUUAUGUAGACAAAAAUAGACCUGUCAUCAAAGGCAAAAAGUUGUAUUGAAAAUGUCUGACAAUGCACAAACGAAUGUCGAACAUUUACCAACGAAUGGCGAACAUUUAGCAACGAAUUGUGAACAUUUACCAACGAAUGGCGAACAUUUAGCAACGAAUUGUGAACAUUUACCAACGAAUGGCGAACAUUUAGCAACGAAUGUCGAGCAUUUACCAACGAAUGGCGAACAUUUACCAACGAAUGGCGAACAUUUACCAACGAAUGGCGAACAUUUAGCAACGAAUUGUGAACAUUUACCAACGAAUGGCGAACAUUUGCAGCCUGUCGUAGCUAUUCUCAGAGAAGCUGUCAAUGUCUGGGAGCGGAGAGCUCCUCUGUCUCCCAAACAAGUUCUUAAACUCAUCCAGAAUGGUGUCAAAGUGAUAGUCCAGCCUUCCAACAGAAGAGCUUACAGUAUGAAGGAAUAUUCAGAUGUCGGUGCGGUCAUAAAAGAAGAUCUGUCAGAGGCGUCCCUUAUGAUUGGCGUAAAGGCAGUGCCUGUGGAAUCUCUGAUAAGAGAAAAGACGUAUGCUUUCUUUUCUCAUACCAUCAAGGCCCAAGAGGACAACAUGCCUCUCCUGGAUGCUAUCCUUGAGAAGGACAUUCGACUGAUUGAUUAUGAGAAGAUGGUAGAUGAUAAAGGCGUCCGCAUGGUUGCUUUCGGUAAAUACGCAGGUGUGUCUGGGAUGAUAAAUAUUCUUCAUGGUUUGGGUCUCAGACUAUUAGCCCUUGGUCACCAUACACCAUUCAUGCUGAUUGGUCCAAGUCACAGUUAUAGAAACACAGCAAUGGCCAGGCAAGCCGUACGUGAUGCGGGCUAUGAAAUAGCUUUGGGCCACAUGCCAAAAUCCAUUGGUGCAUUAACUUUUGUGUUCACCGGCUCUGGGAAUGUUUCACAGGGAGCUCAAGAAGUGUUCCAGGAACUUCCCCACGAAUAUGUUCAACCAGAACAUUUACCAAAAGUCUCAGUCCAAGGGUCCACAAGUCAACUGUACGCAUGCGUUGUACGUCGUGGUGACCACUAUAAGAGAAAAGAUGGCGGCAAGUUCGAUGCUGAAGAGUUUGAGAACCAUCCAGAAAGAUACAUCUCCACUUUUAGCCACGACAUCGCUCCUUAUGCCUCUUGUAUCAUCAAUGGAAUUUACUGGGCCCCUGGAGCCCCGCGCCUGAUGACAGUUCUAGAUGCCAAGACAGCUCUGCAGCCCACAUAUGCCCCCUGGCUGCCGUCAUCUCCUGGAUGCCCUACACUCCCCCACCGCCUUCUCGCAAUCUGUGAUAUCUCUGCUGACCCCAGGGGCUCUAUCGAGUUCAUGAGAGAAUGCACCACCAUUGACAAGCCUUUCUGUCUGUACGAUGCACGGAAGGAUAUAAACACAUAUAGUUUUGCUGGUGACGGUGUUCUGAUUUGCUCCAUCGAUAACAUGCCAGCACAGAUUCCAAGAGAGGCCACAGAAUACUUUGGCAGCCUCUUGUUACCUUACAUUGAUGAAAUGUUGAAGUCCAACGCAAAGACACCAUUCGCUGAAUAUGACUGCAGUCCUGUAAUAAGAAAUGCGAUCAUCGCAAGCAAUGGGGAGUUAACUCCGAACUUCAAAUAUAUUCAACAUUUGCGUAGAAAAAGAAAGGAAUGAGGCUCUAUUUCAACUGAGUUAUAUUCCUGAGUUAUGUUCAAAUCUUGACCUUAUUCUCUGAUGAAUAAUCAAUGUAUUUAAAUUAUUUAUUCAAAUAUUGUGUAUGACACUUUCAAUAAAGAUUUAAUG